UUAACUUUUCCAAAUCGGAAGUCUUGACUAGGAGAAUUUUAGACAAAGAAGGGUAUUUGGUGCAUAGCCCAUGUUUCAUCAAGAACUAUGUGUAGCAAAUCUGAUUCAACUAAAAACCCGACACUGAUCCUCAUAGCCUCUCUCUAUCUACGAACACAGACUUACGACCCGCUAUGGUAAGAAGUCCCUGCCCCCAGGCAGAGAGUAUAAUUCAAACUGUCUUCUUGUGAGUUUAAGAGAGAAGGAUGAUCAGGCACCAUGGAGUGCAGGACAGCUGUGUUGGUGUGAGAACUGUAACGUCUUGGUGGAAAUUGAGCUAGUUUGGCAAGCGUCGGCAAAGAGCAGGCAUUGGCAAUGUUAACAAGUGCUCAGUAAGAGCAACUACCCAGUGAGCUAACUCUCCAUCUCCAUCUCUGCUUGGACAAAUUCAGCACUGUAAUAUCAUUGGAGCCACCUGUGCAUGAAAUUCUGAACAUUAUUCUGGUGUCUUAUUUUCCAAGUAUGUGAAGUGGAUCUUCCACAUAUGACUCUUCUGCAAAUACCACAUCUUCUGGGUCAAUGGCUGAUGUUCCCUGUCUGACGUCUUUAUUCCUUUAAUAGCCAAGCUAAAGGGCAAGAUGAGGGCAGUAUUCCUAGGUGUACUAUUUUGGAGCUGUGUUCUUUGUUUGGAUUUCAAUUACCAUGACAACGAAAGUCUGGAGAAUUUUCUUCGCAACAUGUCUCAGCUCUACCCAAACUUGACCAAAUUGUACAGUAUUGGGAAAACAGUUGAAAAUAAAGACCUAUGGGUGCUUGCGAUUGGACGAAAUCCAGAUACUCACCAGCCAUUACGCCCUCAUGUCAAAUACAUUGGCAACAUGCAUGGGAAUGAGGUUGUGAGUAGAGAGGUUCUCCUCCAUCUGAUUGACCACUAUCUGACAUCUUACGGCAACAAUGAUACAAUCACGUAUUUCCUGAAUAAUACUGUAGUCCAUAUAAUGCCCUCCAUGAACCCUGAUGGCUUUAACAAUUCAGAUAUAGGUGACUGUUUUGGAGUGAAAGGACGGGGUAACAAGAAUGGGUAUGAUUUGAACCGUAAUUUCCCAGACUACUUUGCCGUAAACACUGCACCCACUCAGCCGGAGACUUCGGCUGUGAUGAACUGGACUCUACAGAUCCCGUUUGUACUCUCCGCUAACCUACAUGGUGGAACAUUGGUGGUCAACUAUCCUUUUGACAAUUAUCCAAAUGCCAAUGGUAUCACAAAGUAUGUGACUAGCCCAGAUGAUGAUGUGUUUGUAUCCCUGUCUAAAACUUACUCAUACAAACACAACAACAUGUUCUACGGCAAUCAUUGCGGAGAUGUAUUCCCAGAUGGAAUUACAAAUGGGGCUCUUUGGUAUCCUGUCACAGGUGGUAUGCAGGAUUGGAAUUAUGUACAGGCGGGGUGCAUGGAGGUGACCCUGGAGAUCAGCUGCUGCAAAUACCCAGCCCCACAGACCCUCCCAGGGUUCUGGAAUGACAACAAACAGGCACUGGUGGAUUUCCUCCUGAGGGUUCACUCUGGAGUGAAAGGCAUAAUCUAUGAUCAAGACGGAAAAGUUGUUCCAUCGGCAACUUUAAAAAUAAAAGGCCGCGAACUGGUGUCUUUCCGUUCUUCCAAGUACGGGGAAUACUGGAGGAUACUUUUACCUGGAACAUACACCCUACAGGUAUUCAAUGGAAUAAAUGUAACUGAGAGAAGUUUUGAUGUGCACAACGGACAGGCAACCAGAUUAGACAUCCGAUCUUGGACCGCAGCUUCUGACAGCACAGCUAUGCAUCAAGGGGGACUACUCUUGGGAUACAUUCCUAUUUUGCCAGGCAAGAUGAAGGCAGUAUUUCUAGGUGUACUAAUUUGGAGCUGUGUUUUUUGUUUGGAUUUCAAUUACCAUGACAACGAAAGUCUGGAGAAUUUUCUUCGCAACAUGUCUCAGCUCUACCCCAAUUUGACCAAACUGUACAGUAUUGGGAAAACAGUUGAAAAUAAAGACCUAUGGGUGCUUGCGAUUGGACGAAAUCCAGAUACUCACCAGCCAUUACGCCCGCAUGUCAAAUACAUCGGCAACAUGCAUGGGAAUGAGGUUGUGGGUCGAGAGGUUCUCCUCCAUCUGAUUGACCACUAUGUGACAUCUUACGGCAACAAUGAUACAAUCACGUAUUUCCUGAAUAAUACUGUUGUCCAUAUAAUGCCCUCCAUGAACCCUGAUGGCUUUAACAAUUCAGAUAUAGGUGACUGUUUUGGACUGAAAGGACGGGGUAACAAGAAUGGGUAUGAUUUGAACCGUAAUUUCCCAGACUACUUUGCCACAAACACUGCACCCACUCAGCCGGAGACUUCCGCUGUGAUGAACUGGACUCUACAGAUCCUACUCUCCGCUAACUUACAUGGUGGAGCAUUGGUGGUCAACUAUCCUUUUGACAAUAUUCCAAAUGAUGAUAUCCAAAAGUAUGUGACUAGCCCAGAUGAUGAUGUUUUUAUAUCCCUGUCCAAAACUUACUCAUACAAACACAACAACAUGUUCUAUGGCAAUCAUUGUGGAUAUGCAUUCCCAGAUGGAAUUAUAGAUCUUUUGUAUCCUAUCACAGGUGGUAUGCAGGAUUGGAAUUAUAUACAGGCAGGGUGCAUGGAGGUGACCCUGGAGAUCAGCUGCUGCAAAUACCCAGCCCCACAGACCCUCCCAGGGUUCUGGAAUGACAACAAACAGGCGCUGGUGGAUUUCCUCAUGAGGGUUCACUCUGGAGUGAAAGGCAUAAUCUAUGAUCAAGAUGGAAAAGUUGUUCCAUCGGCAACUUUAAAAAUAAAAGGUCGCGAACUGGUGUCUUUCCGUUCUUCCAAGUACGGGGAAUACUGGAGAAUACUUUUACCUGGAACAUACACCCUACAGGUAUUCAAUGGAAUAUAUGUAACUGAGAGAAGUUUCGAUGUGCACAACGGACAGGCAACCAGAUUAGACAUCCGAUCUUGGACCGCAGCUUCUGACAGCACAGCUAUGCAUCAAGGGGGACUACUCUUGGGAUACAUUCCUAUUUUGCCAAUUUUUAUCAUGAAAAGCUUGGCUGUACAGUUUUUGGCUUCCAUCAUUGUCUUCAUUAGUCUUUCGUUCUCCAAAGAGGACGGAGAAGGCAGGGACCACCCAACCUAUGUUGUUUGAUUUGGCGGAAUAAGAGACGAGUCACAUGGAGAGAUGGAAGCUCCCCAUGAAAAGAAAAACCUCGGAUAUUUACUGUCUCAGCUGCUGGCGAACGCUUCCGAAGCUGUUACCUUGGGAGAUGAUAAUGCCGACAAUAACACAGGAACUGCUGUGGUUUGUGGACCAAAAGGAGCUCACCUGAACGUCACGUGGAUACCCAAAAUAAUCGAAUUUGGAAAACCGGUCACGUUUUCUGUAGACAUGAUCAGUCCUACUGACUUCAACAAGGGUCGGAUGUACGUGGAAUUUUACUUAGGAAAUACCCCAAUUUUCUCAUUGGACGAAGAUAUAACUUGCAGUGACAUCCUAAAAGUCCCAAAGAUGCAACAAAAAUGUCCUUUGGAAAAAGGAGAAAGAAUCCAAUAUUCUUAUACUGAUUUCCCAUUACGACAGCCACCACUCGUAAAAGAACAAAUUUUGGUGAUGAAGAUAUUUAGCUAUGCUGAAAAUCCCCCAUUACUGUUCUCGUGUUUGAACUUAACGUUCCAAUAUGUAUAGACAAAACAUAUGUUGCUAAUCCAAUUUCUAUUUGCAUAUCUUAAUUAUACAAUCUCACAUUUUAAAUUCCCAUGACAUAGAUAAUGGAAAAAAUAUAUCAAACAUUAUUUUUGGAAAAGGCCUUCAAUGAUCAAACUUGUGCAACUUUUAAACUCAGAAAAUUCAAAAGGUAUGAACAGAAUUUGAAAGAAUAUAUAUAAUAAAAGUGUAGAUUAGUAUUGCGAAAUGACAUUAUGUUACCUUAACUAAUUAAGGCAUUCUGUCUAUUCUAGCUCUUGUUCAUCUGUUUAUAUGUAUGGAAUCUAUAUUAUAUCUAUGUCAAUACUGAUGUGUUGUAAAGCCUAAAAGGAAUAAAGA